CACGGAUGGCUGGAUAAGCUGGAAUUGUUCGAGAGAAGUCGAAGCCGCGCUCUGGGCACGGUAUGACGGCUUUCGGCUGCGUGUGCUACACUGGUAUAGGAACGAAACGGCGCAUUGUCCGCCGGGCGAGUCGCGGCGAGCAGACGAUAUGUUUACGACCAGAGUGGUUUCGCACGCGGCACCGAUCCGCGCGAGGAGCAGUAACUCUGGAGCACGCCGAACAAAGGCAGCUUUAAGCGAGGCUCGAUCAGCUCGUACGGCGAUGCCGCUGCGUGGUUCGCACUGCUGCGGCGCUACGCUUUGGCUGACCGCUGUCGCCUCGCUUGUGACUGCAUGCGGCGCUCUCGAGCCCGAGUGCCUUCAGCCUCUGGAGCGAGGCUCGUGCGACCAUCUGCACGGCCGCUUCUUCUACAACGCCACCAGCCACCAGUGCCAGGAGUUCUUCUGGCUCGGGUGCGCCGAGAACGCGAACAACUUCGAGAACCGCGAGGACUGCGAGAAGGAGUGCCAGCACUCGGGAAUACCUCUGCCAAGACCUAAAGACGGGCCUGGCCGGCGCAACGCCAUCUGCUAUCGGCGCCCUCGACGAGGUAAUUGCAAGGCCAUCCACCGGCGCUGGUUCUUCAACUACCGCACCCUUAUGUGCGACCGUUUCCUCUGGGGAGGCUGCGACACCAACGGCAACAACUUCCACACCCGGCGUGACUGCCGCGUGGCCUGUUCACUCGAUUCUCCGCUCACUGAAAACGACAGAUUAAACAGUGGCGUAUAGUCAGCCACUGCGGGGGUCUUUUCAAGUUGAUCAAAUGAAACAAAUGACACAUACGCAACUCGCACCUAUGAACAAACUAACGGGCUAGUGAAGCUGUAAUCGAGGCUCCAUCGUGGCUUCGCCUCGAUGUUCCCGCUGGUUGAGUCCAAUAGUGUGACUUGCUCAUUUAAUAACGCACUGGACAGCGUUAGGUCUACUGAUAAAAAGGCUGACAUUAAAGUGCAGAUUUACGGAAAUUAUAAUUUAGAAGAAUGCAGAGCAAUAGAAAAAUAAAUGUUAAUCAAGGCAGCUAUAUCGCACAAACAGAAUCUGUACUUAUCUAUAUAGUGUUCAAUACUUUCGGCAAGAUCUGCCUUGAAACGUGUUCAUCUUAAAAGCAACACAAGUAGGAACGUUAAUAUUUGUGUUCGAAGAUCAGGAAGUGCAUACGUUAAACUACAUUUAUAUUCAUGCAGAAAAAUAUAGUAAUAAAUGGAGGAAUUAAGUAAUCACGUCAGGGUAAUAGUUCCUGCCCUUUAAUAUUUUAGCAACCUUAUUUCAAGACUGCCAAAGAUUGCUAGAAAUGGAGCACUCAAGUUAAAAAUGCAGUCUUUUAGAAAACGGAUUCCACGCGCACCUCGUGGCGUGCCCGAGGUUACGCGUUUAAGCUUUCUCGCUAUAAUUGUUUCAACACACUAAGUUGUCUAUUAAUUUGGUGCAGUUACGUGGCUACUGACAAUGGAAAGUUUGUAGCCAUACCGACUAUAGGUGACCUCAUAUCAGUUUUCAAAUCGCUCGAGAGGUCCUUCUCCUAUUCCCCGCAGCACGGAAAAUUUUUCAAUUUCUCGCUGCAGAACUGCAACUGAGCGCUUGAGAAGCGCAGAAAACCACAUGCGUAAGAAGCGCGAGCUAUCGACAUCUUAUCAUGUCUGUCUCUCUGCGCCACACAAGCACAACCACUUUCCUUAUUUCGACGUGCUAAUUAGCACUCGUAGCGUGCGCUUUCCUCGCCACUUCAUCGAUGUGCCAAAGCGAAGAUUAAAGCGCACUAUAUCUGUUUGGCCGCGCUUGUCUAGAGCUUUGCUUGGUGGCGCAUGGUUUCGGAGCGUUUCUUUUUUUAGAUGGAAAAUGAACUCUUUUGUUCUCUUUCUUCUUUUGUCUUCCCGUGUGCCUGGGUCUCUUGAUAAAACGAUGAUCGCACCCUUUAUCACCGUUUAAGUUAACAUAUAGCUUGCUAUGACAGGUGAUGGCCAUGAUUCUGGAGUGCCGUCAUUGGAAUGAAGCCAUGGGUGUGCCUCAAGCUGUAAUCGCCACGUCAAAAGAGCGAAAAUGGUUCAGCGUGAGGGGAGCAGACCGUGAGAUGUCGUAAGGCGUAAACGGAUGACAUUUCUUGUACACGUGGUUUCCUGCGUUCCUCAAGCAAUCCCUUCAGCAGUUUUGUAGCAGACAAGUGAGAAAGCUCGUUCUGCUGGGUCUAGGGCAAAGACAGCUGGCGGGAAUUGGAAAACUGGUAUCAGGUCACCUCGUGAGUAGCUCGAAACUUUCUAUCGUCAGUAGCCGCGCAGCUGUCCCC